AUGGCCACUAAAUAUGAAAAGCUCCGCCACUAUCCUGUGAAAAGGAUGACGUUUCGUAACGAUUCUAUCAUCUUCCUCGGACUUCCACUUCUUCUACUACUCUGCUUUCUCUCUCCGGCAAGCUUCUCCGCCGAUUAUAUCCCGUCUACGUUGGACGGUCCGUUCGUUCCGGUGACGGUGCCGUUAGACACCUCUCUCCGGGGAAACGCAAUCGAUUUGCCCGACACCGAUCCUCGCGUCCGCCGUCGCGUCACCGGUUUCGAGCCCGAGCAGAUUUCUCUAACUCUUUCUUCCGAUCAUGAUUCUAUAUGGGUCUCUUGGAUCACAGGUGAGUUCCAAAUCGGGAAGAACGUGAAGCCAUUAGAUCCGACAAGUAUCAAAAGUAUUGUCCAAUUCGGGACCUUAAGGCACUCACUGAAUCAUGAAGCCAAAGGACAUGCACUUGUUUAUAGUCAACUUUACCCUUUCGACGGUCUCCUUAACUAUACUUCUGGAAUCAUACACCAUGUUCGCAUUACAGGGCUGAAACCAAGUACUGUCUACUACUAUCGAUGUGGAGAUCCUUCCAGAUGGGCGACGAGUAAGAUACACCAUUUCAGGACAAUGCCACUUUCUAAGCCCUCAAGUUAUCCCGGUCGGAUAGCGGUUGUGGGUGAUCUUGGUCUCACUUAUAACACAACGGACACAAUCAGUCAUUUGAUUCAUAAUUCUCCUGAUCUUGUUUUACUGAUCGGCGAUGUGAGCUACGCAAAUUUAUACCUAACAAACGGGACUAGCUCGGAUUGUUACUCUUGCUCAUUCCCGGAGACUCCCAUACACGAGACUUACCAGCCACGUUGGGACUAUUGGGGUAGGUUUAUGGAGGAUCUGACUUCGAAAGUCCCUUUGAUGGUGAUCGAAGGUAAUCAUGAGAUCGAAGUGCAAGCAGAGAACAAAACAUUUGAAGCUUAUAGCUCAAGAUUCGCUUUCCCUUUUAAAGAAAGCGGCUCGUCUUCUCCGCUCUAUUAUUCUUUUAACGCUGGUGGGAUUCACUUUGUCAUGCUCGGUGCCUAUAUCGCUUACGACAAAUCAGGGAAGCAAUAUGAGUGGCUAAAGAAUGAUUUGGCGAAAGUAGAUAGAUCGGUAACUCCAUGGUUAGUAGCUACUUGGCAUCCACCUUGGUAUAGUACUUACACAGCGCAUUACAGAGAAGCAGAAUGCAUGAAAGAAGCUAUGGAGGAAUUGCUUUACUCUUACGGUACCGACAUUGUCUUCAACGGACAUGUUCAUGCUUAUGAACGGUCGAACAGAGUUUACAAUUACGAACUAGACCCAUGUGGUCCGGUUUACAUUGUAAUUGGUGAUGGAGGUAACCGUGAAAAGAUGGCCAUCGAGCACGCCGAUGAAACCGGUAAAUGUCCUGAGCCGUUGACCACACCGGAUCCAGUCUUGGGUGGUGGGAAAUUUUGCGCUUCCAACUUCACAGCGUCUGGUGAGUUCUGCUGGGAUCGGCAACCUGAUUAUAGUGCCUUGAGAGAAAGCAGCUUUGGCCAUGGAAUCCUAGAGAUGAAGAACGACACAUGGGCGCUAUGGACAUGGUAUCGGAACCAAGACUCGACCAGUCAAGUCGGUGAUCAGAUUUACAUCGUGAGAGAACCUGAUCGAUGUCCCAGUCACAACCGCCUUGUUAACCAUUGCUAA